AUGAGUUUCUUUAAUAUAAGUCGACAGUCAUUACCCACUGAUUUUUUCAGUGGUUCUUCUAAUACCAACCGUAGAAGAUUCACCAUAAGCAAUUCCUCAAGAUCUAGCGUAAUUGCCAGUGAUAGUUGCAUUUCGAGAAAUUCUUCGGCUUCGUUAAUUGAUCGUGGAAGCUCUUUGACUAAUGACUUGAAAUUUUUAAUCAAUAAUCAGCGAUAUAGCGACUUGGAGAUUCGAUGUAAAGAUGGUCAAGUCCUUUAUGGAUGUCGAGCAAUUCUUGCCGCUCGUUCUAGUGUUUUAGAUUCGAUGUUAUAUGAUAAGAAAUCAAGUUCGCGAAUAACAUUAUCGGAGAUUGAUUCUUUCAUCAUGAUUAUUAUCCUUGAAUUUUUGUAUACUGGAUCAAUUUCAGAGGGAAUUCUAACAGUAGAGAAUUCCUUUGAAAUUUACUUCGCGGCCAAUUAUUUUCGUUUGAAUAAGCUCCAAGAUCUUGUUAUUCCAUUUGUGUAUGAAUCUUGUCGAACAAGUACUUCUAAUGACUGUUUUCCCAAAUUAUUUUCAAAAGCUAUUGGAACGAUAUCGCCAUUAACGAAUAAUGAAAUUAUCACUAUAUUGAUGGAAUAUGUCGCGAGAAUACCUUUGGAUGACAUAGAGUAUGGUCAAUUGUCUAUUGAAGCUCUUCAUUUCUUGUUGUCAAAUGUAGACAGAACAAGUUUUGCUACUGGGGAUUAUUCAAUUUUACGUUAUGCGAUUUUGACUUCGGCAAAGGAAAUUGCACCGGAUGCUGUGAAUUUCUUUGAAAAAAGAUUACCUACAUUAUAUGCCAUUUUUCAGGAUGAUUACACAAUUGAUUAUAGCAAAGACAUGGGUUAUUCAAAUAUAUGCGUAAGCAUAUCUAAAAAAAUCAAUCCAUUAUGUGAAUAUAUAGAUCUUAGUAGCAUAGAUGAAAAAGUUUUCAAGAAAAUUCUUUUACCACUGAGAUUAAUUCCACCACAAAGCUCAACCGAUUCUAAUAAUUUUGUUCAUGAUGCGAGUGUGCAACACCGUGGAGAGACUGCUUUAACGAAUACAAACAAGGGUUUUCCAAGUUAUUUGGUGAUGAGUCCAGAGCGAGAGUUCUCGGGUAAUCAGGUGAUUUCUUCUCCUGCUCCUGACCUGAAAUGGAGUGAUUUGAUGUGUGGACCAAAUUUGCAAAUAUUAGAUGAUGGAAGUAAAGUCAUUACUACAACUCAAGCAGAGUCAACUCAGUCUGUGAGAGCUAACUAUUUGAUGACAAAUGGUGUUCAUAUGUGGGAUAUUAUAGUGGGGAGAAAUUCGAAAUUAGCGUGGAUUGGUGUAUGCACAGAGGAAUAUAAUUUCCCUUAUUUUUCUGGCUCUCAACCGAAUGCAUGGGUCAUGGGUUUGGAUGGUUAUUGCUAUAACAAUAGCAAUCGAGGAGUGAAGUUCUUGGACGUAAAAAUCAAAUCUGGGUCAAAGAUAACUGUUCAAACUCUAUCCAAUUGCGACUUUAAAGUACCCUAG